ACAAUCAAAACGCGGGCCGCUGCUCGUAUGCAAAAAUGAGCGCUUCACACAUUUUGGAUUUGAAGGAUGACUGUCUAAGAUACCUGCUGGACUAUCUGUCAACUGAAGAUCAAAUAUGUUAUGCCCAAGCCUGCCAGCGAUUUCGUGACGUUUUCAUCGAUUGGGCCGGCAGACAUUACCGACACUUCACGAUCGAUGAGAAGAACUCAAGGCAGGAGCUGAUCAGAUUUUGUAUUUGCCGCGAGGCUGUCGAGGAGCUGACCAUAGAUCUGGAUCACUUUGAUUCGUCCCGAGCGCUGAGAAACUAUGGAUGUGUAGCACCUCUAAACUGCUUUAGCAUAUUGAGCUUAGCUUUGACAGGCAUGACAAAUCUGAGAAAAUUGAUAGUCAAACAGCUCAAGUUUAUGCUCCUUUUUGCGCAACCCUUUGAGAAGACAUUGGCUGCAGUCAAAGACUUGAAGCAACUUAAAGUCCUAGAGUUGCAUGCGAUCGAUGAUUUUACCUUUGACAACUUAGGCCAACUGAAGCAUCUGGAGGAAUUACAUUUGAUUGUGAAGACACUAAGUGGCCCAGCUCUAACCAACUGCUGCAAGUCAAAUCCCAAUCUGCGUCAUCUGCACCUUGGAUUUUCCAGUGUCCAGCGGAUUCUGAGCGACAUUGCACCCCACUGUGCUAAUCUGGAAACUCUUCAGUUUGGCAUGAUAGGAGAAGCGCCGGCAUACAAAGCAAUAGCCAAGCUGCCCAAGCUCAGGCAACUCAUAUAUUAUGGCAUUCGGAGCACCAACUCCUUUCUGCCGCUGCUCACUGGAUUGGCUGCGCGACCGCAGCUUCAACGCCUCGACAUCGACGGAGGCAGCCUUAGCACUGAAGAGACUCGACAACUGGUUCGACUGAGCGGAUUGCAGCAGCUAAAGUGCUUCUGCUCGACAGCUGAGUGUGUGGAGAUGCUAGCGCAGCUAACACAGCUCCAGGCACUCAGCAUAUGGAUGUCCAGCAGAGUCGACAUUUCUGCUGCUAUGCUAAGAGUGAUAGGGGAAUGCAAGCAACUGCAGCAGCUGCGCAUUGCAUCGGGCAACUUGAACUCUGAUUUUAUUAAUGACGUCUCUGAAAUACUCUGUGCAAACAAAACAGGACCGGAUAAACGAUCGCUGAAACUCGAAGUUCCCGUUCUGAAAUAUGUGACUCCGAAACUGCAACUCAUUGAAGGAAACCAAGCUCUCAGCUGCUCAGAGUUUGAGUUGGCUUCAUGGAAAAACUCAAAUUAAAUGAUAGGGUUAACUCACAGUGGGAUCAUGUGUUAUUGUGGCAAUACUUAAGUACUCUGUUCCGAAAACGACUCGAAUAUAGAUAGGUAUUCAAUCUUGUACUCACUUAAAAUAGGUAAAAGUUACAGCACAAAUGAAAUAAUUUAUUUAA